UAAAAUUAAAGAUGGCCGCUUCUGGUAAACAGUACGGAUUAAUCCUACCCCGCAAAGGCUCUUCAAAAGAUGCUGCUCUGCCUCGGCCCUCUAUCUUCGGGGACGAUUCCGAUGAUGAAACAACUGUUGGCGAGAGUCUGCAGAAAGAGGCAGCAAAAAGGAAAAUGAUGAAGCAGACUCGCCUGGAGAUGCAGAAGGCCUUGGAGCAAGACAGCAGUGUGUAUGAGUAUGACAACGUAUACGAUGACAUUCAGAAGCAGAAGGAAGACAGCAACAGGCGAGCACUAGGUAGCGCUGAUAGGAAGCCCAAGUAUAUCACACAGCUGCUCCAGGCUGUGGAGGAGAGGAAGAAGGAGCAGGAACGAAGGGAAGAGAGGAAAAUCCAGAAGGAGAGGGAGCAGGAGGGAGAUGAGUUCAAGGACAAGGAAGCCUUUGUAACCACAGCCUACAAGCAGAAGCUUCAGGAAAGGAAGGAGGAGGAGGAGAGGGAGAGGCGUGAGGCUGCACUGGAAGCUGCCAUGGACGUAAAGAAACAGAAAGAUCUCAGCGGGUUCUAUAGACACCUGCUAAAUCAGACAGUAGGAGAGGAGAGCCGACCUGAACCCUCAGCACACAGGGAACAGAAAAUAGGGGAUGUUUCUGCAGCAGCCAAGGAUCAAACUCCUUCUCCACUUGCUACAGCUGCCAAAGAUUCAGACAGCCACAGUGACACUGAGGCAGACCGUGGCCAAAAGGCAGAGUUCAGCAAGCCGACCUCCAACAGUUCCCACUCCAGGCGGCAUUACAGGCAGCGGUCACCAUCCUCCGAGAGCAUAGAGGAGCGAGAAGAUGAGAGGGAGGGAAAGGGACGAACAAGGGAAGACAGGGAGGAAGAGAGGCGUAGGGAGAGAAGGAACCACAAGGAUAAGGACAGAGAGCGUAAUGACAGGGAUAGUAGCCGUAAGGAAGAAAGGGAGCGGAGGAGAGACAGGGAGGAGGACAGAAGCCGAGGGAGGAGAGACAGGGAGGAGGAGAGGAGCAGAGGGUGGAGAGACAGGGAGGAGAGGAUAGAGAGGAGGGAAAGGAGGAACAGCAGCCCUAGGGAAAGAGGGAGGGAUAGAAAUGGUAUGAAAGACAGAGACAGGGAAAGAGACAAAGAACGUGAGAGGGCGAAGGAAAGGGAACGUGACAGGGAGAAGGAGAGGAAGGCCAGAGAAGAUGAGAAAGACCAGAAUAAGGUGGAUGAAAAACCACAGCUCCAGGAGGAGGAGGAGGAGAAGAAAAAUAAGCGUGAACAAGGAGAUGGAGAGGACAGCACCAAUGCUGAUCUUGGCCCCAAGCCCAACAAGUUUGCCAAGCGCAGUAGUGAUGUGACUGUGACCUCUGCCAGGGAAAGGUACCUGGCCAGACAGCUUGCCCGCUCAGCAGCGAAGACCUACAUUGAGAAGGAUGAAGACUGACAUCCCAGAAGCGAAAUGCAAGGUCAGAGAGUCGACCCCGACAGUUGUAGCUAAUGGUGGAACUCCAGCUGCAGUCAGUAAGCAAGUCAUGCAGUUAAGACCCAGAAACUUAAUAUGAAAGGAUGAAAAGGGUGACAGUUUGACAUUUAUACAGUCAGCAGGACUAUCAACAGUGUGUUUCUGCUCUCACUUUUUCCUUGAUGUACAGAAAUAGUGAAUUGUUAAUAAGGAUGUAUAUGGUC